CGGUAUGCUGAAGGCAUUAACUGGGAUGAUCUUGGGUUUGGACUGAUUCCAAUCGAUUACAUGUACACUAUGAAAUGCUCCGACAGAGAAAACUUUACACAAGGACAACUCUCUCCCUUUGGAAAGAUUGAGCUCUGUCCAUCUGCUGGAAUAUUAAAUUAUGCACAGGGACUAUACGAAGGUCUUAAGGCAAUUAGAACAGAAGAUGGUCGUAUUUUGUUGUUUCGGACUAAAGAGAAUGCUCUGAGAAUGAAGAUGGGUGCAGAUAGAUUGUGCAUGCCAUCUCCAUCUGUUGAGCAAUUUGUUGAGGCUGUGAUGCAAACUGUCCAAGCCAACAAGCGUUGGGUACCACCUCCAGGAAAAGGAUCACUGUAUGUUAGGCCUUUGCUCAUGGCGAGUGGAUGUAAUCUGGGUUUGGGGCCGGGAAAGGAGUAUACAUUCGUAAUCUAUGCUUCUCCAGUUGGUAAUUAUAUCAAGGGAAGGGCGGCCCUCAAUUUAUUUGUUGAACAUGUUUACCACAGAGCUGCUCCUGGUGGAACUGGAGGUGUCAAGUCUGUCACCAAUUACUCACCUGUUUAUCAGCCACUAACGCAAGCAAGGGCCAAGGGGUUCUCUGAUAUCUUAUUCCUAGAUUCGGAAACUGGUAAAAACAUUGAGGAGAUUGCAGCAGCUAACAUUUUCAUUCUCAAGGGUAAUGUUCUAUCAACUCCAACAUUGAAACUAGGAACUAUCCUCCCUGGAAUAACCCGUAAAAGCAUCAUUGACAUUGCCCGUGAUUUUGGUUACCAGGUGGAGGAGAGUGUGAUCCCAGUGGAGGAUUUACUUGAAGCUGACGAAGCUUUCUGCACUGGAACUGCCGUGAUUGUCAACUCAGUUGGUUCAGUCACUUAUCAAGACAAGAGGGUUGAAUAUAAAACAGGAGAAGGAUCAUUAUGUCAGAAGCUGUAUGAAACACUAACAGGAAUCCAAACAGGUCGUCUUGAGGACAAGAAUGGAUGGACGCUAGAGGUCAACUGA